CGGGUGUGGGCUAUAUAUUGCCCUGCCCAUCCCCUUCCAUUCACCUCUGCCUCACCUUCCCUCCUGUUCUUGGUUCUUGUGUCCAUUGGUUUCUUCCCACCCGGCCUCUUUAGGUGAAGAAGCAACAAAAUAUCCCCAGGGAGUUUUCAAGAAAAGCACCCGACUUCAAGAAACAACACAGACAGCCAAGAUGCCCGGCUCCGUCAUCGGGACGGCCGACGUCUCGCGCGUCGAGGCUCCCAUCACCGUCAAGGCCUACCUCGUUUGUGCCUUUGCCGCCUUUGGUGGUAUCUUCUUCGGUUAUGACACAGGAUGGAUGGGUGGUGUCCAGGGCAUGCCCUACUUCAUCAGCAUGUACACUGGCAUGCAAUACGACUACGAGGCCGGGCAGCCUAUCGGUGUUGACAAGGACAAGUUCAUUCUUCCCGACCAACAGAAAUCUCUCAUGACCUCUAUCCUGUCUGCCGGUACCUUCUUUGGCGCUCUUAUUGCUGGUGAUAUUGCCGACUACAUUGGCCGCCGUCCCACCAUUAUCGCUGGCUGUGGUAUCUUCUCCAUCGGUGCCGUCCUCCAAGCCGCUUCCACCAACCAGGAGGCCCUCAUGGUCCUCGGCCGUCUGAUUGCUGGUCUCGGUGUCGGUUUCAUCUCGGCCAUCAUCAUUCUCUACAUGUCCGAGAUCGCCCCCAAGAAGGUCCGUGGUGCCAUGGUCUCGGGAUACCAGUUUUGCAUCACCAUUGGUAUUCUGCUGGCCAACUGCGUCGUCUACGCCACCCAGAACAGAAACGACACCGGAUCAUACCGUAUCCCCGUGGCCAUCCAGUUCCUAUGGGCCAUCAUCCUUGCCGUUGGUCUGUUCCUGCUGCCCGAGUCUCCCCGUUACCACGUCAAGAAGGGCAUGCUCGAGCAGGCCGCCAAGGACCUCUCUGUCAUCCGUGGCCAGCCCGUCGACUCGGACUACAUCAAGGACGAGCUUGCCGAGAUUGUCGCCAACAACGAGUACGAGAUGGCCCACAUCCCCCAGACCAGCUACAUCGGCUCGUGGACUGCCCUCUUCAAGGGUUCCCUGUCCAAGGGCAACAGCAACAUCCGCCGUACCAUUCUCGGCGUUGGUAUGCAGAUGAUGCAACAGCUCACUGGUAUCAACUUUAUCUUCUACUUUGGUGUUCCCUUCUUCCAGCAGCUGGGCACAAUUUCAGACCCCUUCCUGAUGGGUCUGGUCACCACCCUGGUCAACGUUUGCUCCACUCCCGUAUCGUUCUGGUCUAUUGAGAAGUUCGGUCGUCGUUUCCUCCUCAUCUACGGAGCCAUGGGUAUGAUCGUCUGUCAGUUCAUCGUCGCCAUUCUCGGUGUGACUGAGGGUCGCAAGGAGGCCGGCAACGACAACGCCGUCAAGGCCAUGAUUGCCUUCAUCUGCAUCAACAUCAGCUUCUUCGCCAUCACCUGGGGUCCCACUGCCUGGGUCAUUGUCGGCGAGACCUUCUCCCUGCCCAUCCGCUCGCGCGGUGUCGGUAUCUCGACCGCCUCCAACUGGUUCUGGAACUGCAUCAUCGGCAUCAUCACCCCCUACAUGGUCGGUGAGAGUGACGGCUCAGCCGGCCUGGGCUCUAAGGUGUUCUUCAUCUGGGGCAGUCUGUGCUGCGCAUCGCUCGCCUUCGCCUACUUCCUGGUCCCCGAGAUGAAGGGUCUCUCCCUGGAGCAGGUCGACAAGAUGCUCGAGGAGACCACCCCCCGCAAGUCCAAGAGCUGGAUCCCGACCUCCACCUACGCCGCCGACAUGGGCCACACCCACGGCGAGAAGAGCGGCAUUAUCGCCACCGAGUCUGCCAAGGAGGAGACCGUCUAAAAUGUCUUGUUUAUUGGCGAAUCCCCGUAAUCUCCAGCCAUUUGGACUCGUCGGCCAGGACAUGGUCCGCUGGGUAUCAUUUGGUUUGGAAUUGCAAAAGAAAAGAGGGAUACAAUUGGCUUUUUACUGUUGGUCUCCUACGUCCGCUAUCGCGGUAGGAUGACGCUAGGAACUCUAAAUGAUACCAUCUCUUAUAUUAUAAUACAAAUCCAACUCGAUUUAAUCAACGUUACUCCGUGAAAAGUGAUCCUCAUAUUGAUUUUUCUCUUCUUAACUGUGUCGUUUUCGGUAUGCU